GGGGGGGGAUUUCCCCUUCCCUGGGACUGCAAUUCCUGAAGCAGAAAAUGAAGGAGCUUCAGCAAGGGAACCGCCCAGUUGCCAACCAAGGCUGAGGAGACUGUAAAGUGAAACUAACCUUUUCAUUUCCCCCUUGCAGUCAGCCAUGGCAGCCCCUGAUCCUGUGGAGUGUUUGCAAAAAGAAGUUUCUUGUUCCAUCUGUCUGGAUUAUUUUACUGACCCGGUGUCUAUUGAUUGUGGGCACAACUUCUGCCGCAAUUGUAUCCGGCAAUGCUCAAAGAAAUCGGAGGCCAAACUGUCCUGCCCUCAGUGCAGAGGCACGGCCCUGAAGAGAAAAUUCAGGCCCAGCCGGGAGUUAGCAAAUGUGGCUGAAAUAGCCAAACGGCUGAGUUGCCAGGCUGCCCAAGGGGCAGGAAGGGAGAGGACAUGUAACACCCACCAGGAGAGUCUGAAACUGUUCUGUGAGGAGGAUCAAAGCCCCAUCUGUCUGAUCUGCAGAGAGUCCCGCGCUCACAGAUUUCACACUGUGGCUCUCAUAGAAGAAGCUAUCCAGGAUUACAAGGAACAAAUCCAGAUGCAAUUGCAGACUCUGAAAGAAGAGAGAAGAAAGCUCCUGGGGUUUAAAGUGACUGGAGAGAGGCGACGCCAGGAAUAUCUGGAACAGACAAAAACCCAGAGGUGCAAGAUUGUGUCUGAAUUUGAGCAGCUGCGUAAUCUACUGGAGGAACAAGAGCAGCUCUUGCUGGCCCGACUGGGAGAGCUGGAGAAGGAGAUUGUGAACUGGCAGAAUCGAAGUGUUGCUAAACGCUCGGAGGAGAUUUCCCGUCUCAGUGAGCUGAUCAGUGAGUUAGAGAAGAAGUAUCAGCAGCCAGCGAGUGAAUUCCUGCAGGACAUCAGAAGCACCUUGAACAGGUGCAAGGUGGGGGACUUCCCACAGCCACUGGAGAUUUUUCCUGACGUGGAAAAGAGACUCAGCAAUUUCUCUCAAAAAAAUACUGUUCUGAAGGAGACACUGAGGAAAUUCAAAGCGUCUCUGCCGUCUGAAUUGGAGGUGGAAUGGGUGAAUGUGACUCUGGAUCCGGACACGGCGAAUCCCCACCUCGUCCUGGCCGAGGAUCGAAAAAGUGUGUGGUGGGAGGACACGCCUCAGGAUCUGCCCGACAGUCCCAAGAGAUUUGAUACGUACUGCUGCGUGCUGGGCCGGGAGGGAUUCACCUCGGGGAGGAAUGACUGGGAAGUGCACCUGGGGCAGCAGGGAUUCUGGACUAUCGGGAUUGCCCGAGAAUCUGUGUGGAGAAAGGGAUGGCUUAGUCUGGACCCCUCCCAGGGGAUCUGGGCUGUGGGCCUCUGUGGGGGACAGUACCAGGCUUACACCUCCCCCGACACCCUGCUUCCUCUGAGUAAGAGGCCUGGGAGGAUCCGAGUUUCUCUGGACUAUGAAAGAGGGCAGGUGGCUUUUUUUGAUGUUGAUAACGAGGCCCCAAUCUUCACUUUCCAUCCUGCCUCUUUCAAUGGGGAAAGAAUCCUCCCUUUCUUCUGGAUUUGGGAAUCCCAGCUCAUGCUGUGUCCCUAAGCUAUGGGCUAGUCUAUCCCCAUGAACCGGGCUCCUCUGGCCUCUGACAAGCCCAGCUUUAUGAUCCUGGAAGCUGACGUGUAUUUCUGAGGUGUCAAAACAAGGAAGAGAGUGAAGCAGUCGGGCAAGAGAAGCAAACCUCAUGACCCAGCCUGUGUGUCUUCAUCCUCCGUUCUUGGGGGAGGAUUGUAAGUGUCGGAAGGGUGAGUGAAUUAGAAAUUCUGUAGCAAGUUGUCUGGAUUCUAUAGCCUCUGGGCGAAAUUUUGUGGAGCUCCAGCUAAUUAUUUCCUAUGGAAUAUUUGACUUGAAGUGAAAUGGGGUAUUUAUUUUGGCACUGAAUUGGGUUUAUUUUACUCUGUUCCCAUAUGGUCAGUUUCCGGGCUCCCGUUCAUGUGUUUAUUGACAUUGUUGGGAGAAGGAGAAUCUGAAGGCUCUGGCUGCUGGCUAGUGGGGCUUUAAGGAUGUUUGGGACUGUGGAUGUUUCUGCUAAAAGCGAUGGGCAGUCAAAGGGUUAACAAGGUCGACGAAUGAAAUCGCCCUCUUUCGGUUUCAGAGUUAAAACUGGUUGACUUCAAUGGUUCACUUCACAUUUCUCAAGGCUGUGUGGUGAGAAUGAGCGGGGGACAAAAGAAAGGGUCCUGAAGGAGGUGGAGAAAAUGUUAUGGAUUUUUAUAGUGUUAUUGUUUUAGCAAGUGGAUUCUAUGUCUUUAUGAUCCACCAGAUGAUUGUAUUAAAGUGUCUUGAUCGCUCCAA